AUGUCGGAGUCGCGACAACCCACACGAGCGCGCAAAGGAUGGAAAGAAGGUUACGUGGAACUGACAUAUUUGUCUCGACAGUGGCAGCCGCUCAGCAAAAACAAGUCAGACCCUCCCCUGUAUUCGGUUUGGAUGGCCUCCUCGGAAGUGGAUCAAAAGUUUCUGGGUUAUUUUGCAAAAGUUACUACUACCGAGAAUAAUUAUCUUUCCAGUUUUCUGUUUCGCGUUCUCGGUCUUUCUGUGAUUCUCGCCGAGAAACUUCUACGCGCACGCCGCGCAAAACGCCUGGACCCCGUUCAGGACCCAAAAGCACGCCAUCUAAUUCACCACAUCCUAUGGCUCGCCCGCGAAGGACUCGUCAUGGUGGAACAAUAUGUGCUCCCCAUGGUUGGCCACUACGUGGAACUCAAGGUGCUGAGUUAUAAACUCAAGGCCAGCUUCUACCAUAUUUUCGUGCUAUUUCAUAAUGAGCCGCCGGUGAACGAUCGCAUUAAUCGGAGAAGGAGUACCGCCGGCGGCGAUGCGAAUUAUACUUUGUUUCCCGAACCUUUAAGUCCGAGGGAGUCGAGGACGGGGAGAGAAAGGCCGAACAGACAGGCCACAGUCAGAUCUCCUACGGAGAGCGGACGAAGGAGGUCACCAGCUAUCAGUCUUGGAGGUCCCGUGGGCGGCGGCCGGGGGAUGACAACGACCACACGAACUCCGCCUGGACUUCCCCUCCCCGCCACAUAUCCUUAUUACGCCAAUGGCAACAAUGGGGACGGCAAUGGGAACGGCACCGCAACGUUCCUCCUUCUGUUACAGGACUACACCCCCUACGCAACACAAGCGUUCCGCGAAGCCGACGAACUCGCCGAGCGGCUACUUCCUGGCUCUCAUCCAGUUCGCCUUUCGGUCAAAGUGGAAUACGUCGCCUAUGUCUACGAUUGUCUACACGAAGCUGAGGCAUCGCGGAAGAUGGCGAGAAUGGCCAUUAGGCACGUGUAUGAAGCGCAAGAGGGCAUGGAUGAUGAUUCGUUUCAGGAUGCGGCCGAGAUGGUGGGAAUCCUGGGGCGGAUGAUGAAGAGAGGCCUGGGGGGAGGCGGGAGCAGCGGCAGUCAGAUGCAGGGACAGAAUGUCAGUGGAGGAGCAAGUGGGAGGCGAGAUGCUCAGCAGCCGUCGACGUGGGUCUAG